AACGCCUCUAGUUAUUGAACACAUCAAAAAUAUAUUAUCUGACGUCUGUCAAAACCAACUGAAACUGUCAAUUUUCCGAUUUCUGUAAAUUUUUUGUAGUCUCUUAAAAUGGCGAAGUUUCUGGGUAUCAAUCGUCUGGCAAAACUUUUCCAAAUAAUCCAGCAAAACGGUGGAAUUCGUGCCACUUAUCUAAAACUUUACAGAAAUGAUGAGCUGAAACUUGGAACUUUAGUUGGUACUGAUAAAUAUGGCAAUAAAUAUUUUGAAAAUCCUUACUAUUUCUAUGGAAGAAAUCGUUGGGUAGAAUUCGCACCCCAUGUUAACAUGGAAUAUGAUGGUUCUCAAAUUCCUGCAGAAUGGUUUGGAUGGAUGCAUUACAAGACGGAUCUUCCUCCAAUUCGCGAUGGAAGUAGGCCAAAACACAAGUGGAUGGCUGACCAUUCAGAAAAUCUCUCUGGAACCAAAGCGCAAUAUAUGCCUUACAGUACUACUCGUCCAAAGGUUGAAGCUUGGGAUCCUAAAAAGUCACAAUAGACAAUUCGUUAUGCUGUGUUAAUAGUUUGGAGUAAAAUAUAGCGAUUCAAAGUCGAAAACUAAA